CUUGCUACUUUUGGCCGUUUGUAACAACAGCAGCAUCAGACAAGGGAUUACCUAAUGAUGGAAGAAUUGGAAGAUAGUGAAACUCCCCCUGCUGAGGAUCUGUCUCAAUGCAUCACCUGUAAAAGAUGGUUCUUCCCUAAAGUCCUGGAGAGGCAUGCUAAAAUCUGCCACAAGUCAACAACAAAGCGGAGGAAGGUUUUUGACUCCAGUAGACAGCGAGCUGAGGGCACUGAUAUCCCCAUACUCAAACCUAUCAAACCAAAGUCACAAAGUUCAUCUGCUACUGAGAAAGCAGAGCCGCCUAAGAAGCCAUCCAACUGGCGCAAGAAACAUGAGGACUUCAUUGCUACCAUCCGGGCUGCCAAGGCCCUCACUCAGGUCAUUAAGGAUGGGGGACCAUUACCCCCACCUCCUCCUCCUACUUAUGACCCAGACUAUAUUCAGUGCCCUUACUGUCAGCGGCGGUUCAACCAGAGUGCGGCUGACAGACACAUCAAAUUCUGCCAGGAGCAGGCAGCCCGUAUGCCCAACAAGGGCAAGUUAGGAGAUACCAAGAAGCCUCCUGGUCGCACACAGUACAAACCCUCUGCUCCUGUAAAGAAGGUCAACUCUCCUGCUGUGUCAACCAUCCCUUCAGCCUCCUCUCGUUUACCCCAGAGAUCAGGCCUUGGACAGCCCACUGGAAUCCCCUCUGGUAAGGUCUCCUCUGCAGGUUCAAUGAGGAGUAAUCCCUCUGGCCUCACAAGUCCUCCAUCAGGUGUGGGAAGUAAGACACGAGCAGCAAGCUCUGGCUAUGGCUCUGUGAGGAACACUCAUUCUGGAAUAGGACUCAACAAGAAGAAAGCAGACUCCUAUAUAUCAAGGAAUGAUGUCGAUGGCGAUAAUGAAGUCGACAACAGUGGAAUGAAGAGCAAGUUCUGUCAUGCUUGUGGGACCAAGUACCCUGUUGAGUCUGCCAAAUUCUGCUGUGAGUGUGGGGUCAGGAGGAUGUGCAUCUGAUGGCUGUCAGAAGAAGGAGAAAGUAGAGGAAAGCAGAGAUACACCGGUACUCAAGCUAGCAUCAGAGAGUUUUACCAAAACUCAUGAGAAUUUUACAUCCAUCCAUUCUACCCUGUGUUUUCACACUUGGGUCUAGUUUCACAGCAGUAAAGUGGUGUAAUCAGCAGACAGCCCAAUGGUGUUGUGUUUUCUUUUGUAAUUGCUGUAUGGACCAAAAUACAGAUAAGGUGAAUCUGAAUAAAACUAUUAAAGGUUAGGGUUGUGGUUUAGGAAGUGGUCGGUAUGUAUUAUCACAUUUUUCUUGCAGUCCUGCUAAAUGUAGUACAAAUUAUUUUUUCGUAACACAAAUAUAAUAACUUAUCUAGUAUAAAGCUGUGUUAAAAUGAUCAUUUUCAGUAGCUUAUAUGACUGACACAGGAACAACCCACUCAACCCAUUACUAAUUGUAACUGGCUUUUUUCUUACUGCAGGAUUUGCCCACAACAUUGCUGCUUUUUCCACCAGCUCAUACACAUUAUUGCUGUGAAACAAGAGGCCACGGAGGGAUUAAGAAUUUGGUCAUGGGAAAUAUUGUGGUCUGGGUUGGUAUUAUUACAAAAUCUUAAUUUUAGAAUAAUUAAGAAGAGUACCCUGUAGAGGGUUAGGGUUAGUAUCAGUCAAUUAAAGCCAUUGGUGCAUCCUUAGAAGAGAUGUGUACCAAUUGUAGAUACAAGCUAAGAGGUGUGUUGUAAAAUGUGAAAAAGGAGGUAGAGGAAAAGUGUUGGAUAAAUCAUUAAAGGUGGGUUUGAUUGCCCCUGAAUCUCAAUCCCCUGUCAACCGUGAUUUUAAAUGCAUCCCUUAGUCCCAUCUGCCUCCACUUCAUUUACAAACGGAAUAUGCUACUAUUGAAGUGCAAUAUGAUUGACUACUGAAGAAAACAAUGCAUUUUUCUAAAUGAAAAAAAUUUGAAUUUAGGGAAGAUAUCACCUUAGUUUGACACGGGCAACUGCAAAAGUGAACUAACCGUUAAGAUAGUUCUCCCCUUGCCGGCACUUUACAGGCAGUUUGUUUCCAGCUCUCUUAAUGUUACCAUCAUAGGCCUGAUGUCUGUAAAGAAAUGUAGCAUUUACUCAGUCUCUUUUAUUCCCUCUCAUUUUAUACAAUGAAAUGACUUAUUUAUUUUCUUAUCCCCAUUAAUUGUCACUGAAUGAACAAUGACUGCAUCUUUUGUUAAUGUUAUACAGAAUUAAAAUGUGUUUUUAUUUGAAUUAGUAUGAAACCUAAAUGCACUUGGAUAUGUUGCAAUUGUUUUGUUUUUUUUGAAUGUUUAUAUUGAGUCAGUAUUCAAUGCAUUAAUGUUUUUAGGAUUAAAAGUACGGUUACACUACA